CUGCUUUUCACAAUGUCAGUUUUUCAUUUGAGAUUUUACCAUUCUCAUAUCUCACUGCCUUGGUGAUAGUCAAUGAGAACCUACUUUGAAAGAAAAUAUCUACCGACCUCUUCAGAGAAAUAUUUCUCCUGCCUUGUCUACUGAGAGAAAUGUACUUAAUUCCAUUGUUUCUUGUGAUAACAAGGAAAUUCUAGUACUUUUGUCUCCACCAUUAAUAUUGCUUUCAAUUGUCUGCAGAUAGGGCCAAUUUACUUUUUACUUAGCGUGUAUUCACUGGCGUCACCGAAAUGACACUUUUCAAUCAGUUUUUAAUUCUGAAAUCUUACAUAUCAGAUUAUUUCUAAAAAUCAAAAUAAGGAGAAAUAACGUAGUUAGAUGAAUCAUCAAGCAAAUAUUUUGGAUUUGGGCAUUGUUAGCCAACCUACUUAUAGCUUAUUUAUUUAUUUUUUUUCUGCUUACUUUCAAGAAGAGAGAUUUUCAAAAUAAUAUUUUAGUAUAAAUGAAUUCUCCCAGCAUUCAGAGAAAGUGGCAUUUCCAGCCAGGAUUGCAAAGAUUAAACAAGACAGUUUGUUCUACGGAAUACACUCCCCUCAGUCUUGUUGCAGUUAUGGGAACCAAAAUGAAGACUACUAAAGACCUGCACUCUUAUAUUUCAACUCCUAACCCAAAACAAACAAAGAAAUUACUCCAUGUUGAAAAUCACCAUAGUUCGUCACAGCCAAAAGAUGUUGAUUUUUUCCAGUUUGUUGUUGUUCCACCAAAAGUUACCAAAAUAAUUUCCCUUGGUUCCUCAACGACAUUGGCUUGUCAGAACGGCUGCCAUGGUCAUCCAGUCUGCGAGAGAUACGAGUCUCACCUUUCCAACCAAUUGCGAAGGUGCCAGUCGGUAUCAAUGGCCGAGCCAUGAAAAAAACCACAUCUUGGAACAGUUUCCAGGGUCUGUUAAGAAAUUCCAUGCCAGAAAGCAAUCACGUGGUCCAAAACCAUGCAGUUCCACCUACGUCACCAUCUAAUGCUGAAAACGCUGUUCUAAAUAUUCUUGAAGCUUUAGACAUGGAAUCUCCAGAGAAGUUACCAGUACGUUCUGGCAAACAAAAAUCAAAAUCAUCUCUUCUGACUGAAACAUCAUCGAGUAAUUCUUCGAAAGAGAAACAAACUUCAAAGAAUUCUAAAAAGAUUGAGAAUCACACAGAUGAAGGGAAGCUGAAUUUGACAAAGAAUACUGGUACUAUCACAGACAUGAACAAUACAAUUCAGGAUCUGGAAAUUCAAUUUGAUAAGGACGUUGAAAACCUAUCAAAGGACAUCACUGGAUAUUUAGAAGAAUAUUCUGGGGGUAAUAACAGAACUGAAAUGGAAAAAAACUCUUCUCUUUCAAAACCAAUCUCUGAAAAAUCCUUAGAAGAAAAUAAUGCGGAGAAUUUGUCUUCAAGAAGAACUGGAAUAAAUAUUAAAGCUGGAAGACAGGAACCAAGAGAAAAUGGAAUAAUUGAGAAUUCUUUGAGCCCUUCCAAAGGAUUGAGCCGUAAAACAGGCGUAUUGAACCAAUUGCCCAGAUCUGGAAAGGAGGCAGUCAAACAGUUGGUGCCUGUGACCGAAAGUGAAGUCACAGCAGACAACGUCCCUGAUGAUGUUGUCAUUUCUUCAAACAACAUAAUUUCGGAAGAAGAAAACCAAGAGUUAAGUGUGCCUCCAUCAGAUAGCAACCCUGCUGUAGGUGCCAAUGGGAAAUUGGAAAAUUCUAAGAGAAAAACAAGCAAGGUGUCACUCAUAAAGCCUGUAACAAUAGUUGAGCAGCAACCCUCGAAAUAUGGCAAACCUAGGGGCCACAUGCAAUAUUAUGAUCCUUUAGAAGCAGCAGAAAGAAGGCGGAAAAAGUUAUUGGAUAAAAUGAACCAAAAGAGACAAUUGCAGCUGGCAAAGAAAGAAACUCGAGGGCCACAUUUUGAGGACUAUGGCUUUCUUGCCAAGUAUUGUAUCUUUAACAAGGAGAGCUGGGAUGUGUACAGAAGAAUAUUUGAAAUGGGAGAUGCUGAUAAAAAAGGUUGGUUGACAACAGAUGAAAUGCUGUUGGGAUUAAGGUCCAUAAACAGUCAAUUAACAGCCCCUAAAGAAGAAUAUCUAUGUAGGAUAAUUGAAAUGACAGGCUACAGCAGAGAGGAUGGUGCAGACUUCCAAUUGUUUGCCAUCUUAGCUGCUUUAUCAAACCGUAUAACAUCUCUCGAUGAUUGGAUGAAAAACAUUGUGGACCGUUUUGAUUACCAGUUUCUAGAUAUGAAGACAUUUAAGUGCAAGACAUUAUGGGAGUGUAAUGUUGACCCAGACACACACAAGAUCUCUCUCGACCAACUUUGUGUGGAUUUAAAGGCAGGUGGAGUCAGUUUGUCUCAUGAAGAGGAAGUCCGCUCAAAACUGCAACAUCUGAAUGCACUGGACCUUCUGGAUUUUUUGACUUAUGUCCCUCUGUUUAUAAUGGUUCAUAAUUCUGUAGUGGACAACCCACUAGACUCCACAUGGGGAAAGUGAUGGAAUGACCAAAUUGAUAAAGAUUUAUUUAAAAGGUUGUGGUUUCUUCUAUCAGGCUCUUCUAACAUCAGAUGAUUUUUAUUACUGGACAUUUAUAAAUUUGACGAUUUGUCUAACUGCAAACUACCACUACAUCUAUCCUCACUUAUCACAGAAGUACCAUCAUCAUUUAACGUCCAUUUACCAUGCUGGCAAGAUCAAGAACUGCACCGGGUUCCAUAGUCUGUUUUGGCAUGGUUAGUAAGGCUGGAUGCCCUUCCUAACACCAACCCCUUUACAGCGUUGUGUCGGUGUUUUUUACAUAGCGAUAAACAAGUCAUCUCCACACACUUUGUAAAUGGAACACGAGGGAUUCAUCGACAUCAAACUCACAGGCAUGCCUUAAAUCACAAGAGGCUUAGGGUUAAAUAUUAUAGCAAAAUGAAUAAAUAAAAGACAACCAGAAAAUAUGUAACAA